GGCGGCAUGGCGGCAGACAUGCAUCGAAGCGACGGUCAUGGUGGACGCUACAUGGGGGAGAGCGGCCCGGCGAGAGGAGGGAGUUCCUACGGCAGGCCGGAGGACGAGCUGAGCAGGGAGGAAGACCCAUACGACCACCAUGGCAGGGCCUACAAUCUUGGCCAAGAGGAGACAGACUGGUUUGAGAAGCCCAGGGACCUGCGCUCCGGCUCCCGUCACUACAGCAGUGGAGGCCACUCCUCGUCCGGCCGCAGCCGCCACGUCAAGCACACCUACCAUGACUACGACGAGCCCCCAGAGGAGGACCUGUGGCCCCAGGACGAGUAUGGCCAAGCCCGUCACUCCUCCUCCUCGCGGGACCACCGCCCCCAUGGCAGCAGCAGCUCCGGGAGACACUCCUCUACGUCCCGCCACUCGGAUGAGCCUCGCUCCUCUCGCUCCUCCAAGGGCCAUCCCAAAGACCCGUCCAUGCGCCACGACUCCCGCCAGUUGUCCUCGUCGGGAAAGAGGGGCGACUCCCGCUCCCAGGGGGGGUAUCACUCGUCAGACUACUCCAGGGACCCGUCGGGCCACCACCACAGCCAGGGCCGCUCCUCCAAGUCCUCGUCCUCUCACGAUGGGCGGACUUCCUCCAGGAAGCAGCAGGACCUCCAGGGCCACCCUUCUUCUACCUCCAGGGGCCAGGGCAGCUCUGGACGUGGGCAGGGCUCCAACAGUGGGCCUCCAGGUUCCAGGGGACAGGGUCCUACCUCCCAGCAGGACGGGCUGCAGCCAGGUCAACGCACCCAGCUGCAGCAGCAGCCCCAGACCUCGGCGGCACGGCAGACAGGCACCAUCCCUGCAGGCACCACUCCUGGGGGCCAGCAGCCUCUGGGCCCGGGCCAAGCCCAGCAGGGUCUACAGGCGAAGCCUGGUCAGCUUGGUCCUGGUCAGGCCAGUCGCCAGCCACAGGCAGGAGGCACACUGGGGCAACUGCCACCAACUGUGGCACCUGUCGCAAACACACCCCCUGUGACUGCCAUAGGGGCCAAAGCUGUCAUAGGAGGGGCGGCCCAGCCUGCAAAAACACCUCAACCCCCACUCACAGGAAUAGGCUCCAAGGCCGCCCCUAGACCCGGUGGCAUUGGGAGCGCGGCAGCGGGUCAACCUGGGAUGGAGGGGGAGAGUCUCCUCUCCAAGGUCCUACCAGGAAACCCUGCGGAGGCAGCAGGAAAACUAGGAGAAG